AUGUCACAUUCUUAUUCUAAUCAUCAAAGAAUGGCUACAAUACCUCCAAAUAAUUUAACAAUUUGCAAUAUUGACGGAACUCCGAUCCAAAAUGCUGGAAAUUUUUUAACAAAUAAUAAUGGAGCACAUUCUUGGCAGACAGAACAGACAAUUAAUCUCGAAACUAUUAAUCUCGAUGAAUUUGAUAAUGAACACUUUAAUUUGGUAAGAGGCUAUUUUAAAUUCUGGAAUGGACUUGUGGUAGAGAUCGGCCUAGGUCUGGACCAAGGCUUGGGUUUUUCCUGUACCCAGAGUUCAGGCCCAGGCAUUUUUUGACAUUCCUGGGGGUUUCCUGGACUACGGGCCCAGGAUCCGGCCCAGGUCAAUAAAUCAAACCCGGAACCCAGGAAAAGGCCCGGCUUUUCAAUAAUUCCUAUCUCUAGUUUGUGGGACAACAUAGGAAUCCUGGGCUUUUGUAGUUGUUCACCCCCACAGUUAAUCGAGGCCGAAGGUUUUUCCAGAUUUGGUGUGAUACGAUAGGGUUUAUAGGAGUUGUUUGGUGGGCUUUUUGGGACUUUUCUGGUUAACAUGACAUUUUUUGGGGUUUCACCACUGCUCUGAUUUCUUUUUAGGAAAAGGUCUUGUCUGAAGGGAAUGACGCCUUUCCUAUUUUUCUGAAAAUUCGUUCCAAUAAUG